UGAACCAGAUUUCAUGGGACAGGUGCGUUUUCAAAACGGCAGAAGACGGUCCACUGACAGAGCAAGGCAGGAUUAAUAUUAUAACUCCAUUAAAAGUUCUUCACGAAUUUGUGCAAGUUCAAUGACCCACUAUGGCAGUAAACUUGAGUAAAAACGGACCCGCGCUCACAGACGCCUAUAAUGAAGUGGUGAACGGGAGAACGGCCACAAACUGGGUGCUGUUCACCUAUGAAGGAAACAGUAAUGACAUUCGGGUGGCAGGGAAGGGAGAUGGUGGGCUUGAAGAAAUGGUAGAGGAACUGAACAGCGGCAAAGUCAUGUAUGCCUUCUGUAAAGUGUUGGACCCCAGCUCUGGAGUUCCCAAGUUUGUGCUCAUCAACUGGACUGGCGAGGGAGUCAAGGACAUUAGAAAGGGUGUUUGCGCCAACCACGUUCAUUCAAUGGCAAAUUUUCUGAGGGGUGCCCAUGUGACCAUCAACGCUCGAUCAGAUGAUGAUGCUGAACCUGCAGCCAUCAUGGAGAAGGUGUCCAAGGGCUCAGGCGUCAACUACAACAUCCACAAAGAAUCAAGCCAGAACAAUAGUUGUGAACCUCUUGGACGUGUGGGUUCUGUCUAUAAAAAGGUCAGUGCUUUGGAUGAAAUCCAAAUUACAGACAGAGAAAGCUUCUGGGCUCAGGCUGAGCAAGAUGAAAAGAACCGCCGUCAGGAGGAGCGCAGGAAGGCAAAUGAGGAGAGGCAGCGUCUGGAGAAAGAACGGAGGGAUCAUGAUGCUCGAGAGGCAAACGAACGAGAGCGAAGACGGAGGGAGAGAGAGAAAGAAAUCGACCAACAGAGGCUGUUUGAAAAGAAACAAGAGGCACGAAAUGAAGACCAGGAGCAAAGAAAAGUGGAGAAAGAGCAGAAGGAAAACCAGUCUCCUGUCAAAGCAGGAAUAUUGCGAUCUGAGUCUGUGCAGAAGGCCAAUGUGUCCAAGGGCUCAGGCGUCAACUACAACAUCCACAAAGAAUCAAGCCAGAACAAUAGUUGUGAACCUCUCGGACGUGUGGGUUCUGUCUAUAAAAAGGUCAGUGCUUUGGAUGAAAUCCAAAUUACAGACAGAGAAAGCUUCUGGGCUCAGGCUGAGCAAGAUGAAAAGAACCGCCGUCAGGAGGAGCGCAGGAAGGCAAAUGAGGAGAGGCAGCGUCUGGAGAAAGAACGGAGGGAUCAUGAUGCUCGAGAGGCAAACGAACGAGAGCGAAGACGGAGGGAGAGAGAGAAAGAGAUCGACCAACAGAGGUUGUUUGAAAAGAAACAAGAGGCACGAAAUGAAGACCAGGAGCAAAGAAAAGUGGAGAAAGAGCAGAAGGAAAACCAGUCUCCUGUCAAAGCAGGAAUAUUGCGACCUGAGUCUGUGCAGAAGGCCAAUGAGGCCGCAUCAGUCAUCUCUCAGCGUUCAAUCAAUCCCAGAGAGCUGUUCAUGCAGAAGGAGAGAAGCUUGGCCAACAGUGCAACACCUUCUUCAGCCACCCGACCAGGUCAGUUGAGAAGCCCAUUUUUAUCCAAGCAAGCAGUCAGUGCAGACAUCCCUCCCAAUGAAAGCAGGUCUCAGCCUUUAUCUCCAGUUCGCCCUGUGGCAGCUGCUUCAGUUUCACAUAUACCAGCUCCAGUCUCUCCUGUGCACAAAACUCCGACUUUCCCAGUAAAAUAUGAAGACCCCUUCUCUGAAGAUCCAUUUGUGACUGAACAAGCCGAGGAUUCUGAAGAUGAAUGGGAUGAUUCAGAUGAGGAGGGAUCGAGCCCUGAUGCUGGGAAACAACAAAGUUAUGAUGUAAACAACAUCUACACCAACAUCCCCUCACAUGAAAAUCUCUACGAGAAUGUUAACCAGGAUUUCCAAAACCAUGCUGGUGAGGAAGCGGAGACGGGUGGAAACCAGAACAUCUGCGCAAGAGCACUUUAUGAUUACCAAGCUUCUGAUGACUCGGAGAUCACCUUUGACCCGGAUGAUAUAAUCACAGGGAUCGAGAUGAUAGAUGAAGGCUGGUGGAGAGGUUACAGUCCUGAUGGUCACUACGGAUUGUUUCCUGCUAAUUAUGUUGAGCUUCUUUAAGUGCAGUUCACCAAUCAGAUGCAUUAUCGUGUAACAAAAUGAUUGUGGUUUGUUAAUGUGCUUUAAUUAUGUUACUGGGCUUUUGAAAAAUCAGUUUUCUUACUUUAUCCAAAUAAAGUUCAACAAAAGUCUUA